AUCAGUAUUAAACAACUCAACCCAAUAAUAUCUGUUUGAUUUUUCGACCUUCUGCUUUGGAUGUUGUAGUAAUCAUAAUUAAUAUUCUCUCCUCUUUUAAACUAAAAGAAUUAAAAUUUCGACAUGGCCUCUAAGCUUUUUGUAUCUCGUACCUUUUAUUCAUCUAUGCGAUUGAUGCAGCAAUCGAAAAUCCCUCAUCGUAGCGCUAGUGAAAUGGCUUUUACUUUUGCAUCUCCUUCUGAAGUGUACUACAAUAAAGCUAGUGUUAAACAAGUAGAUGUACCUUCUUAUAGUGGUAGCUUUGGUAUCCUACCAAACCAUGUUCCAACUUUAGCUGUAUUGAAGCCUGGUGUUGUCACAAUUUUUGAAGAUGAUGGUAGUGCUAAGAAGUUUUUUGUAAGCAGUGGUUCUGUUACCAUAAAUGAGGAUUCUUCUGUUCAAGUUUUGGCUCAGGAAGCGGUACCUCUUGAAAGAUUAGACGCACAAGCUUGCCGUGAAGGUCUUUCUAAAGCUCAGCAGCAAUUAAGUUCUGCUUCUUCAGAGGAUGCUAAAACUGAAGCUCAAAUUGCUGUUGAAGUGCAUGAAGAAUUAGUUAAAGCUGUUGUAUAGUACAUAAACUAAUAUUUAUUUUUAAAUUUUGAAAUUGACUUAUAGAAUUCAAUAUUUUUUUUUUUAUUUGUUCAUUUAAGUUAGGAAUUCAUUAAUAAAAGCUGUUGAUUAAACAAACUGAGUCUUGUUUUCUGUAGGACAGUAUUUAAUACUUUUAAAAACAAUAUUUUUAAAUUUUGAAAGUGACUUGUAAAAUUCGAUUUUUUUUUCAUUAUUAUUUGUUUAUUUAAGUUAGGAAUUCAUUAAUAAAAGCUGUUGAUUCAAAAAA